GCGGCUCGUCAUCUUUGAGGCGGCCAGUUCGAAUGCAGAGCUCGGUGAGCGGAGGUGCGGGCCUGGAUGCUGGACUUCCCUCUCUCGCUGCAUCCCUGCGUCGUCCUUGUUUCUUCACACCGUAUUAACCCUGGAGUUCUGGUUCUUCUGCCUCCACGAUGGCCUGUGGUCUACAGAAGCUAUUUGCUGUGGAGGCAGACUUUGAAGAUGAGGAUUUUCUGUCAGCUGUGAAUGAUGUGGAGAAGCAAGCCCUGGAUCCACCUACAGAUAGCUCAAGAUGUCUUAGACCCCUCUCAACUGGGUUGAGAGCCCCCAGCACCACCAUUCCGGUCUCUGAGGGCCCAAGGAUGACCAUGUCCCCAGUCUUGCAGGUGCAGAACUGCUCCAGACUAAGGUUUGGAGAAGGUAAUGUCAAAAGCAGCCAGAAGACUCCUCUGGCGACCAGCUUCACAGUUCAGAAGGACCUGGCACCCACUGCAACUGAAUGUAAAUCGAGCGGCACUUCAGACACAAGGUUCAGGUUUGUGAAGCAGCCUCCAGCUAAGCUCCCCACUGGGGGUGCCCCCUACAAUGAGGAAAUUGACAAUGAGCUUGUAUUGGCUGCAUGCAUGGUUCUGGAAGAGUCUGAUACACAGUCGUGUCCGGGGUCCUUCAGGUCCAACUAUGUGUCCUGGGAGCAAAUGCGAGAUAAUAGUGUAGCAACAGCGAAGAAACCACGAGUGGUAGAUUCGCUGGCAUUGACUGACACUUUUGUGUCAGAGACCUCACAGUUGGAAAAGACCAGGAAACAACCUGUGGUCAUCAGCCAUCUCCAUCAGGCAGAGACUUCUCCAAAGUUGCCUUUGAGGCCUCCUGCCAUGGACUCUUCCUUGUCUCAGUCUCGCCUAGGGUUGAGUAGCAGCACUUGUGCCCUUUCAAACUCCAGCUGCCAGGUGCUCAGGCCUUUCCAGGCAUCUCUGCAUAAGCCCACUGCCGCAUCCAACAGCCCAUGCUUGCCUCUGGUUAGAUCCUGCUCUUCUUUUCAGUCAGCAAGUACCCCAACAAGGCCGCACAAACCAUGGAUGCCAAAUCAGAGCUGCUCUGUGUCCAGAACGGCCAAUUCUGGUGCUCAGCUGCUUUCUGCAUAUGGUCCCCCAGCAACCUCUAUGGAGACUUCACCUGCCAACCCUAAAGUUACCGGAAACCUCCAGUCACCUGUGGUCACCAAUCACCUUGUCCGUUUGGUCACAGCAGCCAACAAGAUGCCAGAGCCAGUCGCCCAAGUUCCUUUGCGGGCUAAGACGCGGCGCUUCCCAGGACCUGCUGGCAUUCUGCCACAUCAACCAAAUGGGAAAAACUUAGAAGAGAUUCUCAUUACAACUCCACAGACACCAACUCAUGGGGCUCUAGCGAAGCUGCGGACGGAGGAGAUGCCUCCUUCCCAGCAGCCAAUAGAAGACGAAUUUGGAAGAGGCCCUUGGGCUGCAAUGAAAACGGAGCUGGGAUUGGACGAGAGAGAUCCGUCCUGCUUCCUUAGGACAUACAGUGUCGUUAUGGUUCUCCGUAAGGCAGCCCUGAAGCAGCUCCCAAAGAACAAGGUUCCUAACAUGGCUGUGAUGAUUAAGUCGGUAAUGCAGACCAACGUUGACGCGGGUGCCAUGUUCAAAGACCCUACUGGAGAAAUGCAGGGCACAAUACAUCGCCUGUUGCUGGAGGAGAAACAAAGUGAAUUUAAGGCUGGUUCAGUGCUUCUGCUAAAGCAGGUGGGUGUGUUCUCCCCAUCCUAUCGCAACCACUACCUCAAUGUGACACCCAGUAAUUUGGUGAAGAUAUAUCCUCCGGGAUUCAGCAAUGAGAAGUUAUGCCAAGAGAUUGAGGGAGGAAUGCAGAUGGAGCCAACACAGGCUGCGCCGGAAUUCCAGCAGGAUCCUCCCACCAACACCCCCGUUGCCAUGACUACAGCAGACAACAGGAACAAAGGAGGACAUGAGAUGGAUGAGGACCGCUGUCAGCGCGUAUCGGCAUUGGAUGAAGGGUCAUCAUCGACAUCAAUUCCACGGGUCUCUGGAGCAGGCAAAUCAGUUUUGCACUUUCCAUCCCCAAAGGCUGAAACAACUGAUUUGGAUGACCUGGACCAGCUUCUUGGAGAACUACCUGAUGACUUUUUCUCCAACUUUGAUGCCCAAAGCAAUCUAUGAUAGCUCACUGAUGCUCAAAUAAGAGGACCUGCUGUCAUAGAACCAUGGCUAUUGUCCUGAGCCCUGCACAGACUUUUUUGCCCAGUGAGGCUGACUCCCUUGCACAUAUCUUUGAGAUUUUUGCCUUCAGCAUCUUUAUCAACAUUGGUUGCAAUUGGAGAAAAGACGCUCCUUCUGUAAUUGGACAGAAACUGGAGCCCCAGCAGGAACAGCAUUGGACAUUAAGCUCCUACUACUUCUGAUUUUACUGCAGCCUGCCAUUUGUUCAAAGGCACAGCCUUCCAAGCAACAAGAUAUCUGGCAGUACACACCCAGCAUCAAACCUUAUUCCAGACCUACUUCUGCCUGCGCGGCACUUUGCCUGGUUGUUUAAACCAGCCAGAACGGUCGUUUAGCACAUUAAGCAGCUGUCGAUCCCUUCCGAUUUGAAACACUAUCUCUCCUGAUGCCUGCUUUGGUACUCUGUCACAAACCACGUCAAGGGCAACAUGCGAAUAAUCUUGUAAAUAACCUUGUAAAUAAUCUUAUGCGGAUGGAAGCAGUUAGCAAAAUGUGUGAAGUUGACUUUUGCCGAUAGAACCUUGCGAAAUAGAUGUUUGUGAAAGGAAGGUUUUGAGCAUGUUGUAUCUUUUUAUUUAAUCCUUACCUUUUAUUCCUUUGCGAUUGACAUUUUGAUUGACCGUGGGUUUUAAAGGGAGUGUGUGCAUAAUAUGUUUUAUACAUAUGAACUUAGAGAUCUGGCUCCAGAAAGGCAAGUAACCUUCUCUGCCAGGUAGCUCAUGCCAAUUUGAACUCUGGAUGUCGUAGCAGCCAUUCCUAGUACUGAGGCACUUAUAUGCGCACUGGUUACUUCACACAAGCAGGGAUGGGAGUCUGUGAUCCUCCUGUUGUUGGACUCCACUUCCCAUCAGCCCCAGCCCCCUUGGCAAAUGGUCAUUGAUUGGCUAAUGGACGGAAGCUCUUGGACUGGAGGACCACAAGCCUCCCAUCCCCGCUACCUCUCAAUUUUCAGAGUUGGCGCCGUAUACCCAUUGCAUGAUUGCACUUCUCUACAUAUUGAAGUGAGGAGCAUCCCCUGUUCAUGUAGAGCUGCUUGGAUACAUACAAUCACCUCCAUAUACUACAUGGAAAAUGUGGGUCUGAGAUAUCGAAGCUGGAUAAACCCAGUUUUCUUGUUUGUCUCCUUGGGAAAUUUAGAGCAAAACAGAAUGCUGGCAAUAAAGAACCAGAAACAGCAAAAAUGGAAUGCGUUUUUCUUCCCAUAAAGUGCUGCAGUCAAUGCUGUGGUAGUUUGACCAGUUGUGUCAAUGUAUGUGAUCAAAUUUCAUAAAUUUAUUCAAAUGACAAAAACUGGUGUGUUGGAACUGGUUGUCCACAUGCACUUUUCGGAGAUGGUCUCAUAAGUGUAUAAUAAGAAAUGUGUGACAUUGCUGCUGUCAUCCCCUGCAAGAUUAGGUGUUUAAAUAUGCUUAUAGAACUAUAAUACAGUGGCAUGCAGAGAACAACUCACUGUCGGAUUGGUUGGAGGGAAAAAAUACAGCCCCUGGAGCCUUUUUUCAAACAGAUAUUUCAGUUAAUGACAAAUAAAAAGGG